AUGCUUUGGUGCAGAUGGACUGUCCUACUAGUUCUCUGCAUCUGUCCUCUAGCCCGCCUCACGUCGUCUCCCUGUCCUCCUGGCUGCUGCUGCCUUCGACCAGGAUUCUUGGUCUUAUGCGAGUCACUGGGUCUGAGGUCCCUCCCUCGCUCCGUCCCUCUCACCACCUCGGUUCUGUCCGUGGCCAGGAACCAGCUCUGUAACGUGGACCACCUGCUCUGGCCCUUCUCCGGCCUGCAGGAGCUCAGCCUCAGUCAGAACCUGCUGGCCCGCUUCCCUCGAGGCCUUCCUCCCAGCCUGGAGUCGCUGCUGCUGCAAGAGAACCGCAUCACCUACAUCACCUCGGGCGCCCUGAGGCAGCUGGGGAACCUCACUCGCCUGGAUUUAGAGGACAACCGCAUCCGUGCCAUCCAGCCGGGGGCCCUCCGGGGUCUGAACAAGCUGCAGGUCUUGAGGCUAAAAGGGAACAAGCUUACAAACCUCCCAGUCAACCUCCCCCCAUCACUGACCUAUUUAGAUCUCUCCGAAAACUGCAUCUCUGCCCUGGACUUGCCCUCGCUGUCCUCCCUGGUCAACCUGCAGGUGCUGAAGAUCAACAGCAACUGCCUGCGCUCGGUCCCAGAGAGCGCCUUCGACAGCCUGCCGCGCCUCAGAUCUGUGGACCUCACCGACAACCUGUGGGCGUGCGAGUGUGACAUUUUGUACCUGUACCGCUGGCUGCUGAGCGGUAGACUGAAGAUGGCCACGGACCUCGUGUGCACAGAGCCCGUCCACCUCGCUCAGCGUCUGCUUCUGAACCUCUCCGUCAUGGCUAUCUGUCCUCGAGUCCUGACGCCAAACGAUCUUUACUCUGCACUGGAGAGAAAGCUGGCGGUGAAGCCAACGGCACAAAGCUCAUACGGGGAUUUGGGAGACUUGUUGCAGAAAAUAUCCAGACAAACCACUGUCGGGUUGGUCUCUGAAGUUCAAGAUUUCCCCAAAACUCGUCUCCUACACUACUCAUUAGAGACCCUUACCUACGAGGAGUGUUUAUCCCUGAAUAAAACUCAGUCAGUUAGUCCAGCACAUUUAAAAACGACCACUUCUCUCCCUGAGGAGGAUCAGAAGUGCAGAGAAAACAUCACAGCUCGGUACGCUCAGAGCAACACAACCUCUGCUGAAGGGACACGAUCUUUGCUUUCCACCAACAGAGAUGGACUCUUGUCUACUCUCAACCCACAACCACUCAGUCAGCAGGACUCUGCGGUGAUCAUCGCUCUGCUCACAGCGUUGUGUGUUUUAGUAGCUCUCUUGAUGGCGGCAGUGUUAGUUGUGCUGAAAAAGGUACUUUUGCGCCAGCAGAGGGUGGCUCCCCUUGAAGUAGGAUCUGGUAGAUAA